AUGUCGACCCUCCCGGUGCUGCCGGCAGAUAUCCACUUGCCUUCGCACCUCCAGGCCCUAUGUCUGACGUCGAAAGCGCUAUGCGACCUCGCCAGGCCUCGACUGUAUCGGAAGGUCACCAUCAACGUACUUGAUCCAUCGGAAGUCGCACGGUUCGAGAACUGCAUGGCCGCAGGUGCCCAAGCGCAUCUUGACGCUACAAGGAGUUUGACGUUGAUGGACAGCCUUCCCCCAGCAGAAGCUCCCGAGUUCCAGACCAAGCCGCAUCGACGCUUCGACCGUGAAGACAGGUUGACAUCUGCUCAAAGUAGCGCGAUAGAAGCGAUACUAGACUGUUUCCCUCCGGACUGCCUACAAUCUUUCCGGUUCCUCUCGACCCUACCGUUGCCGUCGAAUAUAGCACGCGAAUUUUUCCUUAAACAAAUGGGCACAUUAACACACGUACAUCUAAGACUCGAGGACCUAUUUCAAUUACAAUACCUCGACUGUGUGCGAACUGCGGACCUCUGGCUCCCCCAUCCAGAAGAAACCUGGUCGGAAUUGGAGGAAGAGAACUUUCUGGACUCCCUGGAGGACAUCGGCAAGUAUAAGGAUCUGGAGAGACUGUACCUUGGAACCAAGUUCGAGAGGUAUUCAGACGAAAGCCGAAGACUCGCCGAAGCCUUUUCGUCUCUAGACGAAUCGUAUGGGCGCCUAGAGAAGCUUCGCCAACUUUCAAUCUCCGGAAUCCCUCUCGGCAUCGAUACAUACGGGCUCAGCAAGAUUAUAUCGUUUCCUCAGCUCACACAUUUGACUCUUUGGGCAUGUUCCUGUAGCCAAAGGUUCAUCUCCAAUUUGGUACAUGAGCUCGGCGACCAGGACUUAUCGUUGAAACAUCUAGGACUGGAGCUAGUCGACGACGACGAGGUGGAAGACCCGGAUGAUGAUACUCCCUACGAAGAGGACGAUGACGCCGUCGAAGAGUUGAUUAGCCGCUGUCCUGAAUUGAAAAAUUACAAAGGCGGGUUCAGUCCAAAAUUGUCACCCAUCUGCAAAUUGACCAAGCUACGCACCCUUCAACUUCGGGAAAGGUGGGGUCACGACUGCUGCAAUUUCGGAGAGGAGAGUGACGAUGUUUAUGGAGACAUCGAGCGCCAAGCUCAUCUGUUUGCAAAAGAUUUCUUUGCGCAUCUAGAGAACCAAUCUAGCUGUCCAUCCCUGGACACGCUCGUACUGGGCAUGGAAAACCAGGUCACGAACAGCAAAGAAUUACAGGUCAGAAAUCGCGGAAAAGAGAUGCCGCCCGCGCGUUGCUUCCGCCGAACACGCAAGAUUCGUGAUGAUGAAAGCACGCGCAGCGAAUCCCUUCCCAUAUCUUUGGCAGAGUUCCGAGCGACAAGUGACUACACAGAGGUUCUGGACUGGUACACUGGCUGUGAGUGUCUCUAUGCGAACUGCGUGUGA